UUCAAGCCUUUGAUUUUAUUAGCAGUAGUCUCAUGAACAAUAAGUUGGAUGAAUUUGAUUAGGCUUUUGAAUACUGGUUGCUGUAUCUCCUAUCAUGCCCUCUUCUGAAAGGCCCUCUAGUUGCCCCUAGCCCCGACAUUAUACUUGAAUUACCCAACUUGAAGAUGAUUUGCAGCCUGCUUGGAAAGCCCCCUUCGUACCCAUUUGUUCCUUACUGAUAUGCAUUCAUCAGCAGGGAGGAGCUAUCACUUCUCUGUAUUUGAUGAUAGAAUCCUGUGUUUUUCAGUGUCCUCUGAUUAUUGCCUGUUGGUCUCGGAGUUGUGGUUGGAUCUAUUCAUUAAAAAGAAUCGAUUCAAUACAUUUCUUAUGUAUCCUUAGUUGUUAUAUUAGAAUUGAAUCAGAUUUGAGAUCAAUCUAGAUAUAUUGAUGGAUUGCCUCCAUGAUCUUGUUGCUAGCAAAGACUACUAUUUCUAGUUUGGAUCUUCCAAAUCAUUCUCAAGGGAUGUCUAGACCUUUCUUUUUUUCUUAUCAUUUUUCUUUUUCGAUUCCCCUUGGAUUUGAAUACCUCAUUCAAGAAUUGUUUUUGAUCUAAUUCCUAGGACAAAAUAGAAAAGGCAAAUCCCUAACUUAGAUCAUGAUUAUUGACUUGAGUUUGUUCUUGAAUUGUUUUUGAUCUAAUUCCUAGGACAAAAUAGAAAAGGCAAAUCCCUAACUUAGAUCAUGAUUAUUGACUUGAGUUUGUUCUUGAAUUGUUUUUGAUCUAAUUCCUAGGACAAAAUAGAAAAGGCAAAUCCCUAACUUAGAUCAUGAUUAUUGACUUGAGUUUGUAGAUGAACAAGGUUCGUCCAAACCUCCCACCUGUUACGCUCUACACCUAUUACGAAUUUUAUUAUUGUCUGAGUGUCAGAGUGGUAGUAGUUUACCAACUCGAUUAUUGUCUUCCAAGCACAAUACAGUUUUCAAUAAUAUAAAUUUACCGAACAUAUUAGUAAUUAAUGUCGAAUACUAAUAAUUCCAUUUUUAUGUACAUGAUUGACAUAUUUUCUUUUACUUUUCAAACUUUUUACUUAGGCUAGACUUGAAAUUAUGCUAUACUAACAAUUUUUUUUAAUCUUAUGUUAUAUCUACUAUCAUUUUGACCAAAUGCAUAUGCAAUCCUACCCUCAUGUAUUUUCUUAUGAAGCUGUUUUUAGUUUUUAAAAUAUUGAUAUAAUUUAAAAUUUAAAAUUCUAAUUUUUUUUUUUUUUUUUGUGUGUGUGUGUGUGAUUAGAUUGAAUAAAUAAAUCAAAUUAAAAAAAGAAAAAAGAAAGUAAAUCCAUAGGAGUAAAUGGCUCGUUGAAAAUGGCUCUUCUCCUAAGCCCUACGACUAAAUUCGGAGUUGAAAGCUUUUGUGGUCAUUUGAAACGGAGGAACCAACCACAAAUCCCUUAAACACACAGAUGUGGAUUAACAACUCUUUGGAAGCCCCAUAAAGUGUCGAACCAAAUUCCAAUUUCCAAAUUCAAAUCCAUCUUUCUCAAUCGGAGCUCACAUUCACUCAUCUAAGCUCACCUUCUCUCUGCUCCAAUGGCGAAUAACGACAUCGAAGUCGGAUCUCGGGGGUCCCUGCCUAGGAAGGACUAUUUCGAGCCGCUUCCGGCGCCAAUGAUCGAUAUGGAGGAGUUGGCCAAAUGGUCCUUUUACAGAGCCAUAAUCGCCGAGUUCGUUGCCACUCUUUUGUUUCUCUACGUCACCGUUUUGACGGUCAUCGGUAAUAAAACCCAGACCGAUCCCCUCAACGGCGGUAACCUCUGCGGCGGAGUUGGCACCCUCGGAAUCGCCUGGGUCUUCGGUGGUAUGAUCUUCGUUCUCGUUUACUGCACCGCCGGCAUCUCUGGAGGACACAUAAACCCGGCGGUGACAUUCGGAAUGUUUCUGGGGAGAAAGAUAUCGUUGAUUCGCGCCUUGCUCUACAUUAUAGCUCAGUGCUUGGGGGCGUUAUGCGGCUGCGCCUUAGUCAAGUCGCUACAGAGAGAUCGCUACAACCACUAUGGCGGUGCCGCCAACCAACUCGUCGACGGCUACAGCAAAGGCACCGGUCUCGCCGUCGAGAUCGUCGGCACCUUCGUCCUUCUCUACACCGUCUUCUCCGCCACUGAUCCCAAACGCAACGCCCGAGAUUCCUACGUUCCUGUGCUGGCUCCACUCCCCAUUGGGUUCACUGUUUUCAUGGUUCAUCUCGCUACAAUUCCGAUCACUGGCACUGGCAUCAAUCCAGCUCGAAGCUUCGGCGCCGCCGUGAUCAUCAACGAUAAACAAAUUUGGAAAGAUCAUUGGAUCUUCUGGGUCGGGCCGCUGAUCGGAGCAACCAUUGCUACGAUGUAUUACCAGUAUGUUCUUCGAGCCUCCGCCGUGAAAGCAAUUGGAUCCUUCAAAAGCACACCACCAACGCGUUACUAAUGUUACGGACACAACACAACCAAUCUAUUUUUGAUAAGUAGGAGAGAGGAACCAACCGAACCGAGAGGAGUAAACCGAACCAAGAUGGGCGGCUUUUUUUUAAAUAAUUUUUUUAAUUUUUUUCAAUAAGAAAUAAAUAGUUUUCAAAUUUUAUUUUGUAUUUAAUAUUUUUUUGUAAUUAUGCUGUGAAUAUGUAUUUAUUUAUUUAUUAGGUUGUAUUGUAAUGUAAGAGGAGUUAUUAAUUAAAAAA